AUGACGAUCUCAUCUCUGGAGCUCGCUUUGCAGCCGACGUAUCUCGACAGUUCCUCGGACCGCGCAAGUCUGGCUAUUCUCCGUGAAAUUGGCGUCUCCUUUGCCGAACUUCCGCUUGGCUCUACACUGACACUCAAGAACGAGUCUGUAGUAAACGUGGCCCCCGACGAUGAACUACGAACUGAGCAUUCAAGUACCACCGACGUUGUCUACAAGGUCGUCUCAGGUCCCAUGUUCCUGGACGUACGCGACUCGGCCAACUGCUGGGUGCGCUGUUCUUUGACAGAGGGUAUGACAUUCUCGCUACGCUCUUGCACGCUACGCCGCUUCGGGACCAUUGACCGCAAGGCUGUGCAACUCUUGGAAAACAGCUACGAAUCUCAAAUUCUUUUGACUUGCUUCCCUCGACCGGCGGACGCAGCCAGUCGCUCGACAUUGGCAGACGGCAACGCAUGUCGUGAACUCGUGUGUGAGCUGUGCCGUGUGUACUACACUACGGAGUGGAUGACGGGCACUGGUGGUGCCAUGAGUCUACGUCACGGGGAACGCAUCUACGUGACUCCAUCGGGUGUCCCCAAGGAACGUCUGCAGCCGGAGGAUCUGUACGUGCUAGACCCUGACGGUAAUAUCCUCUCAAGCCCCAAGGCUAAGGAUAAAAUGAAAGUCCCAAAGCUCUCGGACUGCGCGCCUCUAUUUCUAAACGUGCACAAAAUCCGCAAGGCUGCCGUAGUGCUACACAGCCACGGCAUCACAUGCAACUUGGUGGCUGCGCUUUGCGAUGGUAAGAAUGAAUUCCGCAUCUCGCACCAGGAAAUGAUUAAGGGCAUUACUGGCUAUGGAUACACAGAUACAUUGAUCGUUCCUGUGAUCGACAACGCACCGAAAGAGUCUGUGCUGGCUGAGCCGAUUGCUCGUACUAUGGAGGCGUAUCCCAAUGCGCUUGCUGUGUUGGUUCGUCGUCACGGUCUCUUCGUGUGGGGUGACUCGUGGGAAGCUGCCAAGCGUCAUGCUGAGUGCCUCCACUACCUGUUUGAGACGGCACUCGAGAUGCGCAAGCAUGACCUGGACUACACAGUCCCCCCUGUGUCUGCAUCGGUAAAAGCCAAUGGUAACUCUCAUGAACAUCUGCGGGCCGAUGAGACGCGCAACAGCAUGGCGGAGAAGCAUAAGGUAGUAAUGCUGGACAUUGAAGGAACUACGACGCCAAUCUCUUUUGUCCAUGAUGUUUUGUUCCCGUAUGUGACGAACAAUGUUGCUCGCUUCUUGGAGCAAACGUGGGAUUCGCCUAGCACGAAGGCGGACGUGGCGGCUCUGGUGGACCAGUAUAAGAAGGACAAGGCCGAUGGAGUAAACCCGCCUGCACUAGAUGCCCAGCAGAGCAGAAAGAACCUAAUUGAGGAUCUCACUGCUUAUGUUAAGUGGAAUGUCGAGGCAGACCGCAAAAUUGGACCUCUCAAGCAACUGCAGGGCCACAUGUGGCUCCAAGGCUAUGAAACCGGUGAGCUAAAGGCACUUGUGUUUGAUGAUGUUCCUCCAUGUCUUGAUCGUCUGCGUGUUCGUGGUGUGCGUGUGGGCAUCUACUCGUCCGGUUCACGCCAGGCCCAGAAGCUGCUUUUUCAAUACUCUGACAAAGGCGAUUUGCGCGAGUAUCUGACUGUUUAUUUUGAUACGAAGAUUGGCCACAAACGUGAAGUUGAGAGCUACAAAGAAAUUGUUGAGAGUCUCGGCGUAGACAGUGCUAAGGAUGUGCUUUUUGUCACGGACGUGAUUGAAGAGGCUCAAGCCGCUGAAGCAGCCGGACUCGACACUGUUUUGUCCGUGCGUCCAGGCAACAAGCCGCUGCCGGAGUCUCACCACUUUGCUACAAUUCACUCCUUCAGUGAGCUGUAA